CCAUCCUCCCAGGUUGGGGGCUUUCCCAAACCACUUCACUUCAAAAUGUACCUAGUAAACUGACACACUGAUUCUUCCACUUCUUCUGAGAACCGCGUUUUCUUCCUUGCAUCUUGCACCUCAACCCGUCUUAGAGUAUUCAUGAAUUUUCUUAGACAAUAAACUCAAAUUUUGACACCCUUUGCAAUGUCUCAAUUACACGAGUAUUCCGACUUCAAGCACUUCCUCGUCUCGUCUCCAUCCGAAUAUGUGGCACAUGUCGAGAUCAACCGGCCAGCCAAACUGAACGCUUUCUUCGAGGACAUGUGGGUUGAGCUGGGCAAGGUCUUCGACAAACUUUCCUGCGACCCUAAUGUGCGGGCGGUGGUUCUCUCCGGGGCUGGAGACCGCGCGUUCACUGCUGGCCUCGACGUGAAAGCCGCCAGUGAGGGCUCAAUUGUGAGCGCAUCGGCAGGUGACGGCGCCAGGACGGCUACCCAGAUGCGAAGGGGUGUUUUUGAGUUCCAGGAGUGCAUAACCAGAGUUGAAAAAUGUGAAAAGCCUGUGAUAUGCGUGCUACAUGGCAUCUCUUAUGGGCUCGCUAUUGACGUGUCCAGCUGUGCUGAUGUCAGGAUUUGCUCCAAAGACACCAAGUUGUCGGUGAAAGAGGUCGACAUCGGUCUUGCUGCAGACAUCGGCACCCUGAGCAGGUUGCCCAAGGUGGUUGGCAGUUUCUCCUGGGUGAAAGAUGUCUGCAUGUCUGCCCGGAUAUUCGGUGCUGACGAGGCUCUGGCUGUUGGUUUCGUGAGCCAAGUUCAUGAGAGCAAGGCAAAGUCUAUAGAAGCUGCUGUCAACCUUGCGACGCUCCUUUCCUCCAAGAGCCCGGUCGCUGUUCAGGGCACAAAGGAAUUGCUUAAUCAUGCCAGAGAAAACACUGUCGCUGAUAGUCUCCGGUACACCGCCAUAUGGAACUCGGCCAUGCUCCAGUCAAAUGAUCUCAAGGCUGCCUUCAUGUCAAGCUUCCAGAAGACGAGACCAACCUUCGCGAAGCUCUGAGGCAAGGGUUGUUGGUGGGGUGGUUCAGGAAUAUUUCCGGGAGAACUAGCGUGGAAUCCACAGACGUCGUUUACUAUGUCCGGGCCGCGUUUACCCAUCUCUUAGCUUGAUCCGGCCUAUGUAACCCCUGCGCAGGAAAGUUAGGUGCUCGCAAUUUUCUGGUGUUCGUAGAAACGAGAAAACCUG